CGAGAGCCAAACAAAAUAAAAUAAAAAAAAAUUCUCCAAAUUUAGGAGAGACCCUUUCUUUCGCAACCAUCCAAUUUUCCUCUGAUCUAACGCAUUGCACGCUCUUCCUUGUUUCAGAUUCUCCACUAAAUCUCUCUCUUUUUUCUCUUUCUUCAGGCUCAUAAACCCAAAUCUCCAGUUUUUUCUCCUUUUGAUUGUGCUUUUGCUUUGUUCAAAGCGCCCAAAGUUCACACGUUUCACUUACUUUCUCUUCCUGCAUUGCAGUUAGAGUUGAUACUUAAUAGUUUUUUUAUUUUGUUGACGUGGGUUCUUUGUUUUUAACUCUGUUAGCUCUGUUUUUUUAGGUUUUGUUGAGUUCAGAAUUCAUAUCUGAUUCGGAGACUUCAUUGCUUUGCUUUGAUUCAGCCUAUAAUGCAAGGAGAAAAUUUCACUAGUUCUGAAGGGGAAAUUAAGGUAAGUUUUGGCUACCAGUGCAACAGCCACAAAGGUAUUCCUUGCAGUGCUGCUAAUGGGUGUGCAAUCCGGUUGGGAAGUGAAAUUCCAAGGACAGGCAGUUUUUCUUGCUUGUCUGGUGCUGCCUUAAGUGCCAAUGCUACAUUGGCCAACACAAAUAUCUGCAAUGGUCUGAUAGGAGCUGAAAUUCUUCCUAGUUUGGAUUCCCCUAAUUCGUUUCGUAGGGUUCCCUCUUCUCCAUCUCUUUCGAGGUUGGAUAUAUUAUCAUCUUCGCUGCAAAGCAGUAUGUCAAACUUAAGUUGCAGUCCACCAAGUCCACUUGAUUCACCUGAAACUGAUUCGUUUUUAGCGAAACCAAUGAGUGCUCCUUCUAGAAGUGACAGUUUCCUUAAUGCUAUGGAAGUACAAGUGGCGGGUGGAGCUGCUGGUGAAGACAGGGUUCAAGCUGUCUGUUCUGAAGAGAACGAGUGGCUCUUUUGUGCAAUCUAUGAUGGCUUCAAUGGAAGGGAUGCAGCUGAUUUUCUUGCAGGAACAUUUUAUGAAACUAUAAUAUUUUACUUUAAUUUACUAGACUGGGAAUCAAAGCAGGAUGUCCCCAGAGCACCCAAUGCUUUGGAUGAAAAUGGACCUUUUGAAUAUUUUCUUGAUGAUGGUACAGUUGUUAGCGAGGCCAGGAUUGACAGCACGAAGUAUGCAAGUGCUGAAAGCUUGAUGAAGAAAAGUGCAAAUCCUAAAAUGGAAGUGUCAUCUGAUUCAUUUAGGCAUGGGGUGCUUGAUAGCCUCCAACGUGCUCUAAGUCAAGCCGAGAAUGAUUUCUUGUACAUGGUAGAGCAGGAAAUGGAGGACCGCCCUGAUUUAGUUUCGGUAGGAUCUUGUGUUUUGGUUAUGCUUCUUCAUGGAAAAGAUUUGUAUACACUCAAUUUAGGUGACAGUCGAGCUGUAUUGGCAACAUAUGAUGAAGGCAAUGACAUGGGUCAGAGUGAACGGUUGAAAGCUAUUCAGCUCACUGAUAUUCACACUGUUGAUAAUGAAGUUGAAAGAACUCGACUCUUUCAUGAGCAUCCUGAUGACUCUAUGCCCGUAGUAGCUGGAAAAGUGAAGGGAAAAUUGAAGGUCACCCGCGCUUUUGGAGUAGGUUACUUGAAAAAGAAAAAACUGAAUGAUGCACUAAUGGGAAUUCUUCGAGUUCGUAACCUCAUUAGCCCCCCUUAUAUCUCCACAGAACCAUCACUUAAUGUGCACAAAAUAUCAAGAUCUGAUCACUUUGUCAUAGUAGGUAGUGAUGGCUUGUUUGACUUCUUCAGCAAUGAAGAGGCCGUAAAGCUUGUCCAUUCUUACAUAUCAAGCAACCCUUACGGAGAUCCUGCAAAAUUUCUUGUGGAGCAGCUUGUAAUAAAAGCGGCUCAUUCUGCAGGUUUCAGUAAGGAAGAAUUGAUGAAAAUUCCAGCUGGUAGGAGGAGGAAAUACCAUGAUGAUGUUACUGUUAUUGUGAUUAUUCUCGGGACAAGUCAUCGCACCUCCAAGGCAUCGACUUGUGUGUGAAUUUUAUGUCAAACGUUUUCUUUCCUGCAAAUUGCAAUAAUAGAUUCAGCAGUCCUAGAUUGCUAUAUUUUUCAAUUGUAUAUAGCUUAAAUUCAGAUAAAUUUUCUCUUGAUUUGUUGCAGACGAAAAUUUGUAUUACUUAAA